CUACCGGCGGAAACGAGGCUAUUAGCUUCGUUGGCAGGAAAACACAGCAAUGGCAGGACUGAAUUUAAACAUUGAAGAGAUUUCGGGUGAAAUCCAAAAGUCGCUUGAUGAUGAGCAGAGUGAUAGCCAAAAGUCAACUUUAAUAAACUGGAUUCAACGGAGGAGAGCCACUUUACGACCAUGGAUGGAGUUUGUUAAUACAAAAUCUUUUUCGAAACCUAGAGACAUCGCGCAAGUUGGAAAAAGAAUCGUCAGCAAUGUAGAUACUUACCAAACUAAUUACAUCGUCAUUUGUCUCUUCCUAUCAAUAUACUGCAUAAUAACUUCACCAUUGCUGCUGUUUGCACUAAUAAUUUCAGGAGGUGCCUGUCUCUAUAUUGCUAAAAGAGGCAGAGGACAGAAACUAAACAUAGCAGGAAGAGAAUUCUCGACAGCUGAGCAAUAUGCUGCUGUACUAACAAUUUCACUUCCAUUGCUCUUCUUUGCAUCAGCUGGUUCUGCAAUUUUCUGGAUAAUUGGAGCUUCUGUUUUCAUCAUCACCUUGCAUGCAUCAUUAGUGGAGCCUACAACACAGGAACCUGAUAUAGAACUUGAUGAGGUCAAGUCUGUCGGGCCUUAACCGAAAACCCUCCUGUCAGCACCGACUGACAUACUUACUUACAAUGACCAGUUAUUUUUUCACACUAUAAUAUUUUAUUUAGUUAAUUGUCAAGUUUUUGCAACUAUGUUCUAUUUAGUUAAUUGCAAAGACCUGUUAUUUACAAAAGUGGAAGUAAAAAUCCCUUUCAAAAGUGAAAACAAACUUGAAAUGAAAAAACAA